AUGUCACUUUGCAGCUAACAACACGACAUAAAGACCACCAUGGAAAUACAGCGGCAGCAGCGUUGGCUCCUGGACCUGAGAUGGACAUUAAACCUGGAGCUGAGAACGGCUUGGCCAAACGAACCGUGCACCACCUUGGCUUCGGGGUCACAGAAAUUCCCUCCAACAUCUCCAGCGACACCCAAUGCCUGGAAGUUCUGCAGACUCAGAUCAGAGUGAUUCCCCAGGGUGCUCUCAGCAGCCUGCAGCACCUCAAGAAAAUCAUCAUAUCAAAGAACGACAUGCUGGAGAGAAUCGGCACACUUGCCUUCGCCGGCCUCCCUCAGCUCAAUGAAAUCUUAAUCUCGGAGAAUGUCGCGUUGGAGAGUAUUGGAGCAUUUGCUUUCUCUGAUCUCCCUGAACUCAUUGAGAUAAUCAUAACAAAGUCAAAACACCUGAGACACAUCCAUCAAGAUGCGUUCAAGAACAUCAUGAGACUGCGAUAUCUGGACAUCUCCAACACCGGACUGACAACGUUCCCAAACUUCUCCAAGAUCAACUCCACUGCCCACGACUUUGUUUUAGACCUGCAAGAGAACAGCCACAUAAGGAGAGUCCCCGUCAAUGCCUUCAGAGGCCUCUGCACUCAAACUAUCACCGAGAUACGGCUCACCAGAAAUGGCAUCAAGGAGGUGGCAAGUGACGCCUUCAACGGCACAAAGAUGAACAGAUUGUCCCUAAAAGGAAACCAACAGCUUACUCACAUCAAUCCCAACGCCUUUGUGGGUUCCAGUGAGUUGGUGGUACUGGACAUUUCCCAAACAGCCCUCAGCUCUCUGCCCGACUCGAUCCUCGGUGGACUCCAGAAGCUGUUUGCAGAGUCUGCCUACCAACUGAAAGAGCUUCCUCCUCUGCAACUCUUCACCGAACUCCGCCAGGCCAACCUGACGUACCCGUCACACUGCUGUCCCUUCCGAAACAUUAACAGGAACAGAUCGAGGUGGCAGCCCUUCUGCUCUGACCGCUACUUCCAAAGGGCCCACUGCUCCAACACCACCACCAUCACCUGCAGCCCAACCCCAGAUGCCUUUAACCCCUGUGAGGACAUCAUGUCAGCUGUCCCCCUGCGGGUUCUUAUCUGGAUCAUCUCCAUCCUCGCGCUGCUGGGGAACGCAGCGGUACUUCUGGUCUUGUUCGGCAGCCGCUCCAAACUGACUGUUCCUCGUUUCCUCAUGUGCCACUUGGCCUUCUCUGACCUCUGCAUGGGCGUCUACCUGGUAGUCAUAGCAACUGUGGACAUGCUCACUCGUGGCCAGUACUACAACCACGCCAUAGACUGGCAGAUGGGCCUGGGCUGCAGUGCCGCUGGCUUCUUCACGGUGUUUGCCAGUGAGCUGUCAGUGUUCACGUUAACGGUGAUCACACUGGAACGCUGGCACACCAUCACAAUUGCUCUGCGGCUCGACCGUAAACUUCGCCUGAGGCAUGCGUGUAUUGUCAUGACAGCAGGCUGGAUCUUCUCCUCCAUCAUCGCUUUGCUGCCCACAGUUGGGGUCAGCAGCUACGGCAAGGUGAGUAUCUGCCUGCCCAUGGACGUGGAGUCUCUGCUCUCUCAGGUGUAUGUGGUGUCUCUCCUCCUCCUCAACAUUCUGGCUUUCAUCUGUGUUUGCGGCUGUUACAUCAGCAUCUACCUGGCCGUCUGCAACCCCUCAUCGGCGCCGCCCCACGCCGAUACCCGUGUGGCCCAACGCAUGGCCAUCCUCAUCUUCACCGACUUUGUAUGCAUGGCUCCCAUCUCCUUCUUUGCCGUCUCAGCCGCCCUAAAGCUCCCUCUCAUCACCGUGUCAGACUCCAAACUCCUGCUGGUCCUCUUCUACCCAAUCAACUCGUGCGCCAACCCCUUCCUGUACGCCUUCUUCACGCGCGCCUUCAGGCGGGAUUUCUUCUUCCUCACAGCUCGCUUCGGCUUUUUUAAAACUCGGGCACAGAUUUACCGGACGGAGACUUCCUCCUGUCAGCAGCCGGCGUGGACCUCACCGAAGAGCAGCCAUGUGAUGCUGUACCCUGUGGUCAAUACAUUAAGUCAAGAUGCGAAACAAGAGAGCUGACUGUCAUUCAGAAACCCACAGGUACACUGAUUUUGCUUUUUUUAUCAACAGGAGCAUUAUAUUUCUGUCCCAAAAGAAGUCCCAUUUA